AUGUUCCACGAGGCAGUUUAUAAGACCCAGGAAGCAAAAAAGGCCUUUGACGAAGACGAUCUUCUCGAGAGGGGCCGUCAGCUUAUUCGUGCUUCAAUCUCCCAUGGCGUUACAACUAUGAGGGCACAUGUCGAGGUGGAUCCGGUGGUCAAGUUCAAAUGCUUGAACGUUGGCAUACGGCUGAAGGCUGAAUUUUCCGACACUUGCGACAUACGUCUGGUGGUCUUCGCACAAGACCCGAUUUUCUCAAAACCCUUGGGUCACAUGGACCAGAAAUGGACGGAGCACAUGAUGACAUUGCUGGAGGAGGCGAUUGAUCGAGGCGACGGCGCUGUUGCAGCCAUUGGCUCAGCGCCUUAUGUCGAGAUGGGGGGUAAAUCCCACGAACUAGCAAACGCGACCUAUAUUCUGGAUCUCGCUGUCAAACAUGGACUCGACGCCGACUUCCACCUUGACUUUGAUCUUUCGAGAGAAUCACGGUUCAUGAACCUCCUCGAUGAAGUCCGUAAACGACCCCAAUUUCAUUGCCGAGAUCCACCAGCCCUCAGACGGAACUUCGUUUCUCCGUUACGAGUCACCCUCGGGCACUGUCGUACGCUGUCGCGCAUAGAUCCCAUUCGGAUCGGGAGCAGUAUCUCCGUGGCUGCGGAAGGCCUGGAAGUCUAUAUUGUUGGCUUGCCGAAUUCCGACAUGUACAUGAAACAUGACAGAGAGCCUUCGGUCUAUCGUGAGUCAUACAGGACUGUACUGAAUCCCUUAAACUUGGAGGCUCAGUCAUCCUUUCUCCGAGGGCGGAUCUCCCUCUCCGUCAACAAUGUCGGUAACCUUUUUACUCCUCAGGGGGAUGGAGACCCUUUGGCACUUCUCCCGAUGUGUGUCGGCGUAUUCCAGAAUGCAAAGGAAAACUCCCUUGCUUCUCUCAUAAGAAUGGUUACUGUAUUCGCAGCGAGCGCCGCCGGACUCCGGCCCCGCGAGCAUGCCGCCGAUCUGAUGCUUCAGCCCGGCGAACCGGCAGAUCUAGUCAUAUUGGACGGCUGCACAGAUUGGAGAAUGGCCGCAUUGUCCCCUCCUUUCGCAAGAGUCACUCUGAAGGGCGGGAGGGUGGUUGGGAAAAGGAAAGUAGAGACGUGGGUUGAGGGCCAGUCCGGAUAA